AAGGUCUGUAGAGUCCCGGGGUUUAAAUUGAGUUAAAUGAUCCCGGUCCCAUAUCUUGGCUGGCCUCUCACUUUUACUCUAUCUCUUGCUUAUUUUCCCCAUUUCUUACCUGUGAAACUUUCAGCUCUUGUUGGAUUUCCAGCUAAAUAAAAUCCUAGACAUUUGAGAACAACUGGAGGCUACCACCCACGGAGCUUUUCACGGACCUGGUUUUCAGCUGAUCACCUCUCACUGCUGCUCCUGAUCUCUUUGAUUCUCUGGAUUGAGUGCUGCCUGCGCUGGCUGUGCAGCUGCUUUCCUCACACACGGGAGUUGGUACAGCGGCCGUGGUUUUAAUAGGACAAGAAACAAGGAGUCACCAUGAUUCGAGAAGCUGUAUCAAACAUUUUAAAUUUCCACGAUUAUAUACUGAUGAGGACUGACGUCAGAAUCAGAGACUACCCACUGAUGCAGGACCCUAUACAUAUGACCGCCAUCCUGUUGGCCUAUGUCUUCCUCUCAAUUUACGUUGGACCUCGCCUGAUGGCAAACCGCAAACCCCUCUGUCUCAACACAUCCAUGAUUGUCUACAACCUCAGCAUGGUUUUACUGAAUGCCUACAUAGUGUAUGAGUUCAUGAUGGCUGGAUGGGCCACCACCUACACAUGGAGAUGUGACCUCGUUGACACCUCAACCCGGCCAGAGACUUUACGGAUGAUUCGAGUGUGUUGGUUGUUUUAUUUUUCAAAAUACAUUGAACUUCUUGACACACUAUUCUUUGUGCUGAGGAAGAAACAUAGCCAGAUCACAUUUCUCCACGUGUUUCAUCACUCCUUCAUGCCCUGGACGUGGUGGUGGGGCAUCACCCUGACUCCUGCUGGAGGAAUGGGCUGCUUCCAUGCCAUGGUGAAUGCUGCCGUCCACGUCAUCAUGUACUUCUACUACCUACUUUCUGCAGCAGGACCACGCUUCCAGAAAUACCUGUGGUGGAAGAAGUACAUGACCGCUAUUCAGCUUACACAGUUUGUUCUGGUCUCCGUCCACAUCAGCCAGUACUACUUCAUGGAGAAGUGUGACUACCAGAUUCCCAUGUGGAUCCACCUGAUUUGGAUGUAUGGCGUCUUCUUCUUCCUCCUCUUCUCCAACUUCUGGAUCCAGGCCUACAUUAAGGGAAAGCGACUUCCUGCCGUAAAGGACAAGCCAAAACAGAACGGCACAACCAGUGAACCUAUCGCUGUGGUGGCCAAUGGGAAACACCUGGAGAAUGGAAAUGCACACCACCACACCAACGGCAAAAUCCUCCUGGGCAAAGUAAAGGAAAUCUGACUUGGUAACUCUGGAAAUGAGAAAAUGAGAAAAUAAGAAGAAGAAGAAGAGGAGGCUCUAUAGAGCUACCUUGAAAAUAUUAUUCAUCAUUCAUAUCUAGUAGCAUAUUGGAAUGGCACAGAUUUCAAUAUGUUACUUCUAAACUUUAUAGUUUCUAUAUAAAUCUUUCUUGUGCACUUGUUGGGAUAUGUGUUUUGGUGGUGAUCUCUACUUGCCACAUUGUGUUUGUUAGUCGUUGUAAAAAAUAUUAACUGUGAUAAACACUGUAUGAAGAUCGGUGCUCACUUUGUCACUGAUGGUAUUCUUCAACUCGGGUUGGGCCACACAAGCUUGACCUACACUACUGUUUGGCUGGCAUGACCGUUGUUGCUGGGAAGUAGCGCACAGUUUCCACUGAAGACCAGCACAUAUGAAUAACGGGUACAAAGUUUAUGCCAAAAAGAUUGUCGAAGAUUUAGUUUUGUUCUGUUUUUAUUUAUCUUUUGAAAUAAAACAUUUUUUAGAUAAAGGUCUGAGUCAUUUGGAAAGCAGCGAUGGUGUGCAGUCUGUAAGAAACCUCAAUUUUUCAAUUUUAAGAAUUGUGAAAAAGAAAUGUUAUACUGUAUAUUACAGUAUUGAUGCAUUCAGCAUUUUUGCAUAAUUAGGUAGUGACAUACACGGUUAUAUUAAUCCAUUCUGAGUUUUGCAACACUGUAUGGUCUAUUCUCUCAGCACUCUGCAUGAAGUUAAUCAAAAGUCCCUUCCAUUAAAUUAGAAUUAGAAAAAAAAGUGCGCUGUUUCUGAAUAUCACUGCAGAAUGUAUAUAUUGAAUGGUUUUUGCUGUUGUUCAUUAUACGUGCACUCAUGACAGUUGAAGGAUGAUCUAGUUUUGAAGCACUGCUAGCCUUUUAAAAAUUGGAUCUGAUAAUUGCCACUAAAAAUACAUAGUAAUGGAUGUUUUUGGGUAUCCAGAAGCUGUUUGUUACAAUUAACCCUCACAAUGUUCAAUAGAUUAACCUGUUUGACUCGAGCAGAAAUAAAAACUCGAUAAAUGUA